AUGUCUGGCGUCCAGCUACAGAUCCCCGGUGACGCGCCGGCUUUUGCUGGUCAAGUCGUUGAGAUAAUCAACUCCGUACUUGGAUCCUCGUCACAAAAGCUAUCAUCAGAGGAUGCAGCCAGAGCAAUUGACGAGUUGUUCAAUCAACAGUACCAAAAAGACGGCACUGCGGGUUCAUUCCUCUGGUGGUUCUGGGACCUGGUACACGACCUUGCGUUGCAGAUCCCCUACAACAGCCAGGAGCAAGAACAACUCACAGCUGUCAUCAAAUCUUUAAAUGACCUUCCCCCCAAGACAGUAAGCUUAGGUCAAGAAUGGGGCACUGACGGCGCCGAUUCUGUGCCUGUCUGGACGGGCUUGCCCAUGUUCGGCAACACCUUCCGCGAAAAGCUCGAUACUGUGAACCUGCAGACUUCCGAAGAACAGGACAAGCAAAAAGCCACCAAUCUCCAGGCCUAUGCCGCAAGAGUAGCCGGACUCGGCCUUGUACCGUUUGAGAUAUACGCGAUCUGGGCUUCCGUCGAUGCCUUGGAGGGCACAAUGAAGCCCAUUCGAGGUGGCCCGGAUGAGGUCGACUCGGACCCUUCUGCGGUACCGGAUAUCUCCUUCAAAGUCGCCAUCGCUGCGAACUGGAUGAAGUACGCUGGCCACCGUCUGUACGGGCGGGAUGAAGAGGUGCAUGGAGCUACGGCCGGUCCGCUUUGGAAGCUGGACAAGAAGGAAGCAGUCAAGCUGCAUCGCAAGCUUCGCGGAACCGAUGGACUCUGUUCAGAUAGAUGGGGUCUAUGGAAGGAAAGAUUCGCGACAAUUCGUGAUGCGGAAGGGGUUGAUGAUGCUGCCCGCAAGGAUGCAGGGGCUGCGUUGGAUGCGAUGGAGCAGGUUGAACAGGGUCGUAAGUAG